AUGAACCAGUUUAUUUGGGGACUCGGUGUUGUGCCAGACGAGGCCGAGUUCUUCGAUGUUUAUGGGCUCGAUGGCGAAUUGUUGGAAAUGGUUCCAAAACCUGUGCUUGCUGUCCUGUUCCUCUAUCCCUUGACUUCACAGAGUGAAGAAGAGAGAAUUCAACGAGAUAGUGCAAUAAAGGAGCCAGACAGUGGGGUUUACUUUAUGAAGCAAACUGUUGGAAAUGCCUGUGGAACCAUUGGUUUUCUUCAUGCUGUUGGAAAUAUCACUUCCAGGAUAAAACAUGUUGAGGGUUCUUAUUUGGACAAUUUCUUUAAGACGACUGCACAUAUGAAUCCAUCAGAGCGUGCCUCAUUUCUUGAAAAUGAUAACGAAAUGGAAGCUGCUCACUCUGUUGCAGCUACAGGUGGUGAUACAGAGGUAUCAGAUAAUGUAAACACUCAUUUCAUCUGCUUUACAUGUGUUAAUGGGCAACUAUAUGAGCUCGAUGGAAGGAGGGCCGGACCAAUCACUCACGGUGCAUCUUCUCCAGACACCUUAUUACAUGAUGCUGCUAAAGUCAUUCAAAAGAUCAUCCAGAAAAAUCCUGAUUCAAUCAACUUCAACGUCAUGGCUAUCUCGAAGAAAGAUGGAGGUUCGGGAUCAUGA